CUUUCUGGAGGUCAAACAGUAUAUCGAAAUCAGCAAUCUUUGUUGUUGACAUUUGACUCGACCGCUUGGAGGUCGGAAUGGGAACAUCCGAGUGGGAUAUUUCCAAUUUCAGAUCUUCCUCGAAUGCAGCAGUAGUCUGUGGGUCGAGGGUGGAGUCUUCUGGGCGCUGGAAUAGCCGAUUUUGUCACGCUAUUAGCGAUGUUUUUGUGUCCACGUAUAGUGUGUAUUUCGUCACACAUCAACAUUCGAAACUACUGAAGAAAUAAAUCUGGACGAAGAACUUAAGUGUGAGAUGAAAUGACAACGUCAACAUUGCAGAAGGCAAUUGAUCUUGUGACCAAAGCCACAGAAGAAGACAAGUCUAAGAAUUAUGAGGAGGCGUUGCGUCUUUACCAACAUGCUGUGGAAUAUUUUCUUCAUGCCAUUAAAUAUGAGGCCCACAGUGACAAGGCGAAGGAAAGCAUUCGAGCUAAGUGUAUGCAGUAUUUGGACAGAGCAGAGAAACUUAAGGAUUACCUGAAGAAUAAAGACAGACAGUGCAAGAAGCCUGUGAAGGAGUCACAGAACAAUGAGAAGAGUGACAGUGACAGUGAAGGGGAAAACCCAGAGAGGAAGAAGCUUCAGGAGCAGCUAAUGGGUGCAAUAGUUAUGGAGAAGCCCAAUGUGAGGUGGACGGAUGUGGCUGGGCUCGAGGGAGCCAAGGAAGCUUUAAAAGAGGCUGUCAUCCUUCCCAUCAAAUUCCCUCACCUCUUUACAGGUAAACGGACGCCAUGGAGGGGCAUCCUACUGUUUGGUCCACCAGGAACAGGGAAGUCAUACCUGGCCAAGGCUGUUGCCACUGAGGCCAACAACUCCACUUUCUUCUCUGUCUCCUCUUCAGACCUUAUGUCAAAGUGGCUGGGAGAAAGUGAGAAACUUGUCAAGAACCUGUUUGAUCUGGCCCGGCAGCACAAACCUUCCAUCAUCUUCAUCGAUGAGGUGGACUCUCUGUGUGGCUCCAGAAAUGAAAAUGAGAGUGAAGCUGCCCGCCGCAUUAAGACAGAGUUCCUGGUUCAAAUGCAAGGUGUUGGAAACAACAAUGAUGGCAUUUUGGUGUUAGGAGCCACCAAUAUUCCCUGGGUUCUUGAUGCUGCCAUCCGCCGAAGAUUUGAAAAGCGCAUCUACAUCGCUCUGCCGGAGGAGCCAGCCCGGGCCCAGAUGUUUCGCCUACACCUAGGCAACACACCUCACAGCCUGAGCGAGGCUGACUUGCGGCAGCUUGCUCAUAAAACAGACGGCUAUUCUGGUGCUGACAUCAGCAUCAUCGUACGGGAUGCACUGAUGCAACCUGUGAGGAAGGUCCAGUCUGCAACACACUUUAAAAAGGUUCGUGGCCCGUCCCGCAGCAACAACCAGGUCAUGGUGGACGACCUAUUGACGCCUUGUUCACCUGGUGACCCUGAUGCCCUUGAGAUGACCUGGGUGGAUGUGCCUAGUGAUAAGCUACUUGAGCCAAUAGUCUGCAUGACGGACAUGCUGCGGUCUCUUUCAACAACUCGUCCAACAGUCAACACUGAAGAUCUGCUCAAGGUCAAGAAGUUCACAGAGGACUUUGGGAUGGAGGGCUGAAUGACAGAUUUCCCCAACGUUAAAUGAAUCAAACUGCCCCUAGUAUUCUUAUCAUUGUACCAUAGCCUUACCUCACCUGACUGCAACUAGUUUAUUGCCUUUCUUGGAUUUGUUCAAGAAAAGGAUCUAGUCAAAUGCCCAAAAGCUGUUAUUGGCCGUUCAAACAUUAAAAAACAUUACAUUGUGCUAUGGAUAGGCAAGUCCCGAGCCUUUUUUCAAGGAAUCUGUAAUUGCGCGCUUUUGUGACAGUUUUACGAUCAGGAACUA